AUGGAGCAUCGUGCACCCCGCUCUGGUCAAUUCCACCACUACCUUCCGCGCUUUGUCGUGCGUCGAUGGCUACAGGAUGUCAAGAAAGUGGCCAUCACAAUGAUCGCAUACAGGCCUAACGGUGGUCGUAACAAGGGUCGCCAACGGCCUCGAGAGUAUAAACAAGAACUCAUCAACUCCUACAACAUACAGUCCGACGAACUCCACAUGGGCACGACCGAUCUCGGGAAGAUCUUCGGUAUCAUCGACAUGUACAAAGACGACGCAAACCCGAGCGACGUGUAUCGCAUCGAGAAAGCCUUUUCCAAACUUGAGAGCGAUGCUGCGCGUAUAUUCUGUAUCUUGGAGGCCGCGGAGAAGCGAGGUCGUUCUUCUGUGGAGCUGGUCCGCUCCGAUAUCAAUACGCUCCGGAAGUUCCUCUUCCUCAUACACUAUCGCAACGGACGUCAUGCACGUCAGUUCAUCGAAGAUCACUUCGACCCGAUGACGAGGAAGAUGGUAGAGCAGUACAUGGUCCGAUUCGGACUGGCCGACUCGCGUGCAGUAUGGCUCCACAACCUCUCCCUGCUCCUCGAGGAUGAACAUUGGGAGGCGGCGAAGGAUGAACGCCUGUUGUGGUCGACCCGUUUGGAUUACAAAAGCGAAGCUUUUGACAUGCAACUCGGGCUUUAUCGCGCACCUCCUGACACCGAGUUUGUCCUCACUGAGAACGGACUCGGCCUUGCGGAGGGUACGACAACGCCGGAGAGUGUCAUUAUCAAUAUGAUGUCCCCAGGUGCCCCAUCUUCUUCCUAUUUCCCCCUGACCUACACAUACCCCAUCACACCGAAGCUCGUAGUCAUCUUGCGUUCGACUUUGAUGACAUAUGAGGCAGCUAUGAUACGACAAGGCAUACCCGCAGAGGAAGCUAGGCGCCAACUCUACUCUGGGUUCGGGUUCACUCACACUUCGUUCUUCCAUGAUAUACCCCGGACGUCCCCGAAGACGAUCUACAUCCCUCCCCUCUCGCCCAACUCGUGUGAUUGGUUCAAAGAUCGUAACGAGAUGACUGCCGAGGACCGAAAGAAGAAGAAGGACUUCCGCGAGCGCGGCUUGCUGGACGGAAAACCCCUCCACAGCCGUUUGAAAGACAGGUUCGAUUUCACGAUUGACAACCUAACGGUCGACCAAGCGCAACGAGUCAACACUCUGCUACUCACACAUUGUAGAGAGACUAUCUCCUUCUGCACUCCGGCAUGUCUCCUGCAGUCCAUUGCCGCAUUCGAGAAGGAUAGGCACUUGACGCCGAUCGAGAGAAAGGACCGAUACGCAUCGCUCAAGGCGAAGUUGGCGAUAGUACAGGUACCGUCACCAUCUACCCCCGUGCCGACGUCAGCCCCGCCUGCCUCUCCGGGUAUGAGGCCGUCACCUUCCCAGCCAGCCUCGACUUCUCCUGACCGCCCUUCUGCGUCGCGGCCUCAGAAUGAGGCACUACCGCUGGGCACGAGCAUGCCUGGCCUCAGAGGUGCAUUGAAACAGAAGGCACGCUCUAUCCCUGGCAGUGCGGACAGUCCAGGCACUUCAGUUGGUGCACCCCUUUCCCCCCAGUUAUCGUCUCCUCGGAGCAGGGUCAUCUCGGCGAGACGACGACGGGGCCGCCGCACUCCGGAGUCUCUCGCUGGUGCACAGGCCAUGCCCGCCAAUGUCGUUGCGUCGCCGAUGCCUUCGGUCACCUCGACGCAUGGCGUGCCCAAUGCCCUGUCGUCUGCUCAUCGAGAACCGUCGUCGGGCACGCAGUCUGUGCAGUCAGCCAGAUUGAGGACAGCUCUCCCCGGCCUGCGAGGUGCAUUCAACCGAAGGCCGGCAGCGGCUGGCACGGGGCAGCCAGGCUCCAAGUGA